AUAGGCUGUCUAAUUUUCUCUCCAAACGCUCAAUAGUUUUUAGCAUAACAGUUGUGCACAAUAUUAUGUUACACGUGAGAAACAAGAAACAAAACAACAAGUCCCAAACCGUCUGACAUCACUUCUUCAAAGGGUCGGUGCAGUAGUGUGUCCAGCCAGCCAAAGCGGGACCGCCCCGUAGCCUACAUUGACACACUGCUCCUGUCCGUACUUUGCUGCGGCAGUCCAGCCCUCCUUGAGGGAGGGGAAGACUGAUUGAACGCCAGUUUUAUUGCGUUGUCAUGUUUCACAAUGGUUCAGAAACACCGAGACCGCCUGACACCAUCGUUUCAUGGAUGCACCCAAAGUCUGAGCGCGGAGUCUCUCCUUUUACCAACAUUACAGUCCUCACAAGCCCUUGUGGUGUUUCAUAUUCAAUAUCGCUUUCAUGGGUGAGCGUCUUCUUUUGUAGCAUUUAUUAGAGUAUUUCUUGUUGCAAAUCCCAUUUGGUCUGUCAAGAUGCAGCUGCGAACCGUCCUUGACGUUAAUGUUGUGGACGUGCAGAAGAGAAGGAAUCCCUCCAAACACUAUGUGUACCUCAUCAACGUCACUUACUCAGACUCCACUUCCCAUGUCAUCUACAGGAGAUACAGCAAGUUCUUUGACCUACAGAUGCGAAUCCUCGACAAAUUCCCAAUCGAAGGAGGACAGAAGGACCCCAAAAAGAGGAUUAUUCCCUUUUUGCCAGUAUGUCAUGUCCUUCAAAUGAAGGGAACACUAUCUUACAGCUGGACUUCACAUGGUAAAGUCUUAUUUCGCCGAAGUCACAUAAGAGAUGUAGCCGUCAAAAGGCUGAAACACCUGGAUAAUUACUGCAAAGCUCUGAUGAAGCUUCCCUCCCACCUUUCCCAAAGUGAGGAGGUCCUCAAGUUCUUUGAGACCAAGUCAGAGGACCUCAACCCUCCCACAGAAGACUUUGGAUUCUCCGGCAAACGUAAAUCAGGUCUGGAUGCUUCGGAUCCCAUGCUCCUGGAACAGUAUGUGGUGGUGGCCAGUUACGAGAAACAAGAGCCUGCAGAAAUCAGCCUUCAAGCGGGCGAGGUGGUCGACGUCAUUGAAAAGAGCGAGAGUGGUUGGUGGUUCGUCAGCACCUCAGAGGAGCAGGGUUGGGUCCCUGCUACCUAUCUCAACUCCCACAGUGGCACACGGGAUGACUUGGAGCUGGGGGCCUCUAAAGCUGGGGAAGUUACUAAGCGGCAUAAGGCUCACCUGAAGAGGCUGGACCGCAGAUGGACGUUGGGCGGUGUCAUCAGCCGGCAGCAGAGCCGAGAAGAGAAGUACGUAACUGUGCAGCCCUACUCCAGCCAGGGCAAGGAUGAAAUAGCUUUUGAGAAAGGCGUCAUUGUGGACGUGAUUCAGAAGAACCUGGAAGGCUGGUGGUUUAUUAGGUACCAGGAUAAAGAGGGCUGGGCUCCAGCCUCUUACUUAAAGAAGAUGAAGGAUGAUCUCUCUCCCCGCAAGAAGACCGUGACAGGCCCAGUGGAGAUAAUUGGAAACAUCAUGGAGAUCAGUAACCUGCUCAACAAGAAGGCCUUGAGUGAAAAAGAUGUGCAGAUUGAAGGAGUCCCAGAGAGCCCCCAGGUGGCCAAGAAGGAGAUCAGCCUUCCAAUCCCUUGUGCUGACUCCAGCCCUGUUAGUACCCCAUAUGAUGGAAAAAGUAAAGCAGAGCCUGCCUCACCAGCUGUAGUCCGCAUCGCCCCUCAUCGGGUGGAAAUUGGUUCUCCAGUUCUCAGGCAAAAGCCUCCUCCUCGAAGAGAUGCAACCUUGGGAUUUCAGUUGCCCUCCCCACCAGAGCCCCCUACAGUUGAAGCCGAGUAUUAUACCAUUGCAGAUUUCCAGUCCUGUAUAUCUGAUGGUAUCACUUUCAAUGGAGGACAGAAAGCAGAGGUCAUUGAGAAGAACUCUGGUGGUUGGUGGUAUGUCCACAUAGGCGAGAAGGAGGGCUGGGCUCCCUGUUCCUACAUUGACAAACGUAAAAAGCCCAACCUGAAUCGUAGAACAAGCACUCUGUGCCGCCCAAAAGUUCCACCCCCAGCUCCGCCUGUCAAAAAACAAGACUCAAUGGAGACUGCACCUCCCAGCAGCCCCGCGUCUGAAGCUCCAGAGUCCCCUGUGUCUCCUGGAAGGCCGGUGUAUGAAGAGCCAGAAUAUGAUGUCCCUGCCAUUGGCGAUCUGGACAUGGAGUCUGAGUUUGAGUUUCUGAGGGGAGAAGGCUCCUUGGUGGAUAUAAAAAAUGAGGACACUUCCUCUGAGAAGGUAACCCGCCUGUCCUCCAAGCCUUCUCCGGCUUCGUCUCUCCACAGUGCCUCCUUCAAGAUGUGUGAGUCAUUUGAAGAUGGCCAUGAGGCAGAGGGGGACGCAGAGGGAGAGGGAGAGUGCAUCUAUGAGAAUGACGGCUUCCAGCCCUUCAGGGAGACGCCAGAGCGGCAGUGCAGCAGGGACUCAAAUUCCUCAAAGACAAGUGUCUUGUCAGAAACUGGCAAGACUGCAAACCCGACAUCAGGUGGGUGGAGACGUACAGGUAAUAAGCUCAAGAUAGACUUAAAUGUGAGCCCAUUUUCAACCAAAGCUGAGGAGGCAUCCAGUCCUAAAUCUGCCUCAACUGAGUCCACCCCAGAUCUGUCCAGAACUAAAAAAGACCAAAAUGAAAGCAAGGCAUCCUCUUCCAUCAAGUCUUCCUCUAAACUAAAGCCAGUGGUGAGGCCUAAACCACAACUAGCCAAGGCAUCCAGUGCAGAGAAGAUGGACAUCAGCACCUUGAGAAGACAGCUGCGGCCAACAGGGCUGAAGAACGGCACCAAAACUAAAGGUGAGGACUCUGAGACAGCUUCAGUCAUCUCCUCAGAGGACUCCUUCUCUUCUCAGAGCACGUCCGAUCUCUCCUCCAUCUAUUCUAAAGGCAGCCGGGGAGACUCUGACCUGGAAGGCUGCAGCCUGUAUCGCACCACAGAUCCCUAUGUGAAAGUCCAAGAGACUGAACUCAGCUUCCCUGCUGGAGUGGAGGUGGAAGUGCUAGAGAAGCAGGAGAGUGGCUGGUGGUAUGUCCGCUGGGGAGACACAGAGGGUUGGGCUCCGACUUACUUCCUGGAGCCCGUCAGGCAACAAGAUGACAUGGCAGGGUCUGAAUCUGAUGGCACCCCGACUAAACCUGAAAGCCUAAGCAAGUCCAACAGCCUGGAGAAGAAUGAACAAAGGGUGCAGGCGUUGAACAACAUCAACCAAAACCUAAAGAAGGUCACCCCACCCAUCCCCUCCAAGCCUCCAGGUGGCCUAUCCAAACCCAUCAGCUUGUUUGGUUCACGGAAGCAGAAUAGCACCAUACAGCAGCAGGUUGUCAGACCUCAGUCUGUCUUCAUAUCAGCCCCAAUCAGGGACGGUCCCAGCCCUGUUGGUUCUCUUAGGAGAAACGAGUCACUCAACUCCACGGACCACCCUCGUGCCAGCCCCACAGUGCGACGCAACGCCUCCUUCGGCACUGUGCCACGCAGCCUGCCGCCAAACAACAUAGCGCUACCCAAAAAGAACAGAUCUGGUACCGGUAGCGCUGAAUCUCUCGGCCUCAGCUCUCAGAAGAAUGCCCUCCCUGUAUCCACAGUGAAACCCAAGCCCCACAUCAUCCAUAACAACCUCAGAGAGGUGUAUGUCUCCAUAGCAGAUUACCAUGGCGACGAGGAGACCAUGGGAUUUCCUGAGGGGACGAGUCUGGAGGUCCUGGACAGAAACCCCAAUGGAUGGUGGUACUGCAAGAUUCUGGACAAUGGCAGACCAAGGAAAGGAUGGGUUCCCUCAAAUUACCUCGAGAAAAAGCACUAGCACUCAUGUGUGGAGCUGGCAGAACUCUGAACAUGCGUGUAAAGACUACUCAAACAGAUGCAUUUAUUUUGUGAAAAAAGGCAAACCCUAAGAUGUUAAGUAAGGAUUGAAAUCUUACCUGGUACCUUUGCCAAAAUGAGCAGCCAUAUCAAAUUGUGACAUUUAAAUGAAAUAAGACAUCUGGUAAAAUGAGUCUACAUGAUACAGUGCCUGAGACGUUGCAUUAGGAGCAAUAUAUUGGGACUUAGUGACCCAGCCAAAGAGAACACCAGAGAGUGGAAGAAUGAUUUGAUGAUAUUCUUCAGUGAUUACCUUUAACUUGAACAAAGAUGUCAUUUUGUAUCCACUCCUUGAACCUUUCUCAGUAAGUUUUUUUUGUAAUUUUUAAAAAAAACUUUUUAAGCAUUUAAAGCUUACUGCAUGUUUGAAAUGAUUCAUUAUACUGACGAUGCCCUGAGCUGUUGAAGUUAAACCUUUUUCUCCUCCUUUCCAUAAAGGAAAUCUCAGUUGUUGCCAAAGCUGCUUUGUGUUAGUCUCACCUUGGUGCUCUCUGUUUGCAUGUUUUUUGUUUUUUUUUUAAUAUCUCUUUAUACUGAAUGUCACCUUUAUGUGAAAUAUUUAAUCAAUUUAAUUGUGUAAUAUUGUCCUAACGAAACAAUGUGUGAGCAUCUCUGAUUAUAACAGUAUUUUCUUACACUUAAAUGAAAAACAAUCCCUGAUCUCCCCUUGAGAUGUUUUUGUAUUCAUUUCAAAGGCUAAUUUUCCAAAAUUAAAACUUCCCUAACGUCAGUGAAACUUAUAUUUAUUCAUUACUUACAAAUCAUAUUAUUACUUAUUUUAUUAUUGUAAGAAAUGUACUGAUAAACAUUUCACAACUGCUUCAACAUUUCUUAGAAUGGCUCUAUUAAUUAUGAUAACAUUUUGAAUUUCUGCUGGGCAGUAAAUUUGACACUCUUCAGCUGCAGCAGUACUGGGAUGCUCACUUUUGUUUUUUGUUAACUGUGUGACCAGUGAUGAUAACUGAAGUGCCAAAAAUAAUUGAAUAAAUGCACUUUUGAACAAUCA